AUGGACUGGCUAAAUAAACGUGGAUUUGUUUGGAAGCCUGAGAAGUACCGCGUUUUGUUUGUCAAGUAUCUUACUAUCGAUGCCGGCAUAUACGAUGUCGAAGAUAUGUGUUUCGGACCUUGUUUAGUCUCCAUCAUACCGCCUCUACCGCCCGGUGACUGGAAUAAGGGCCAUAUAACACGUAACACAUCAGAUGGCCGUCCUCAUUUCGCCGAAGCGACGAACGCCCCGCUCCUCGGAGUCACACACCUUUGGCAUCCGCUUCAGAUCGACCAUUUGGAACUUUGCAUGGGACAAAAGCUUCGCUCGAAUGUAUAUGAAGCUACGUGCCCGCGAUUCAACACCACGAUCAUAGCGAAGUUCGCACGAUUUGCUUGGGAGAUACCGCAGCUCAACGCAGAAACAUCUGCGUAUGAAUGGAUCGAAAAUCAGCAAAUCGGGCCCGGGUUUCUCGGUCAUCUAAGCGAGGAAGGCCGAGUCAUCGGCUUCAUCAUGGAACGAAUUACUGAUGCUCGGCAUGCAACACCAGAAGAUCUUCCCCUGUGCCAGCUGGCAUUGUUGAAACUUCACAAACUGGGAAUUCGACACGGAGACCUAAACAAGCAUAAUAUUCUCAUCCUCGACGGCAAAGCAACUCUACUUGAUUUCGAUCAUUCCACGCCGUGCCACGACCCGAAAGCUCUGGAUGAGGAGUUUUCAACGCUACAGAAGGAGCUGUGCGAGACUUCUGGUAGAGGAGGAACGAUAGUGCAUAGCAAUGCAGUAUAAGAGCCCCAUUGAGGCAUGUGCACUAGAAAUGCGAUCUAUCUUAACAUAAUAGAUCCUUAUCAAUUAAUUGUAACUCCGC